CAACAAAUAACGUCAUACGCGAAGGUGCUCUCACUGCUUUUAGUAGUAGUGCAGUUGUACGGGAUGCACACGUAUUAGCCGUAACUGCUUUAUUUCUUACACAAGCUAAGUAUGUGAGUGGUACACAUAAUUUCUGGAUCAUUAUUACCGUGCAAGUGUUGUUUCAGUAUUGGAUAUUUCAUUUUGAUUAGUGGUGUUACAACUUUAAAACCAAACUGUCAUUGCUAGUGAAAGUCUUUGCCGAGGCAAAAGGAUACGAGGGCCUCAAAAUGGACGCAAAUAAUGAAAUAGAAAUUGAUUUCGACCCAAACUUUGAACCCCAAACAAGAGCUCGUUCUAAUACAUGGCCCCUGAGACCUUCUCGGGAAUUAGAAUCCCAGAGCAGUCCUGGGGCAGAUGAUGGAUGUAACGGAAUAGACCAACAUAACGGUGCUAAAGAUCCUCUCGGAUUAACUGCUAAGAAAAGCGGCUCCCGUAGAAAUGCUUGGGGAAACUUGUCAUAUGCCGACCUUAUUACAAAAGCAAUUCAAAGUUCCCCCGAAAAACGAUUGACACUAUCACAAAUAUAUGACUGGAUGGUUCAGAACGUGCCGUAUUUCAAAGACAAGGGGGAUAGCACCAGUUCUGCUGGAUGGAAGAACUCUAUCAGACAUAAUCUUUCCCUGCAUAGUCGUUUCAUGCGUAUUCAAAAUGAAGGCACUGGCAAAAGUUCAUGGUGGGUUCUGAACCCUGAUGCUAAGCCUGGCAAAACACCCAGAAGGAGAGCAGGAAGUAUGGAGACUAAGAGUUUUGAGAAAAAGCGAGGGCGAGUUCGAAAGAAGAUAGAAGCAUUGAGAGCUGCAGAAAAUGGAGGGACCCUCUCUCCUGGCAUAAGUGAUGACAACCUUGAAUAUAUAAAUAUAACAAACUAUGGAGAUUUCAGGCAGAGGGCCAGUUCAAAUGCAAGUAGCUGUGGUCGUUUGACUCCAAUACAAUCUGCUGUUGAGCCUGAUGUUGAUGACAACCAAGGUCCACCCAUGUGGGAUCAGGAUGUCAGCAACUCACCACUGUAUCCUACUGGAGAAAGCUAUUCUGAUCUAGUAGAUCUUGUGGUAGAUGGUAUGAAACUGUCUAAUCAGGACAUGGUGCCUGGACUGAGAGACCCCUACAUUUCAGGGGGAUCAAGGGACUCUUAUGGUAAUGUUGACCCAUCAUCUGGCAUGGAGAAUCAGUACACACAUCUACCAGCGCCACCACCUUAUCCUAAACAGCAGCCAAUGAAUGGCAUUGACUACCAAAGGCAGAACUAUAACAAUAAUUUACACCUGCAGUGUAGGCCAAGCCCAGUCAACAAUGGUCCUCCAAAUUUUCUGCAGAAUGAGUUGAAUGAUGAAUAUUCUGACUCCCUUACUAAAAUAAAGCUUGAGGUAGAAGAACUUUCUCCAGUGCACAUGACAACAUCAGGGACGCUGUCUGUAAAUACACAGCAGCUUAACUCUCCAGAACGAUCUCAGCAGGGCAGUCCCAAUAAUGGCUCCUACAACACACACCUCAGCCCACAGCCUCAGGCGAGGCUUGUCAAUGGACAACACUCAAUGAACAUGCUCAAUUGUCAGGUCUCACCUCAGCAAAACAGACAUAUUGUUCCACAACACCAGCAGCCCAUCACCACGUCAGAGCAGGCUUCUAUACUGCGCUUAGCCCUUACCAAAGGGGGUUCUGCUUUUAGGUCUACCCCAAACACAACCAAUUCAUCUCCCACCUACAUUACGUUGAACAACCACUCACCUUCCAGAUCUAAUUCAAAUACAAGCAAUAUGAGCAAUGGUCUUAUUGGAGCCAGAAUGAACCAUCUCUCUAAUAAUGUUGGUUCUCAUCACCCUUUGAAUGGUCACCUACGUGUGAUUAAUGAAAACUACGCUGAUAAUAUUCUUAUUAAUAGUAAUGGUAUUGGAGUUCCGCCACUGGACAUUGAUGCAGAUGUUAUGUGUGGACUGGACUACGACAUGAACGAGGUCAUAAAACAGGAACUAUCACUUGAAGGAAGCUUAGAUUUUAAUUUUGAUGCUGGGCCCAAUUCAUCUAUUGGACAAAAUGUAGUGCAUUAAGUGUUUGUGUUCAGAUGCUAACAUUGUGGUUUUUCAGCUGCUAUAACUUGACAUUGUAGAUUCUCUUGCUGGAUUUUUUUGUUUGUGUUUUGUAAAGAGGAAUGUGUUAUUCAAGUAUGUGAUACUUUUUGUACAAAAUUUUCAUGUACAAUUUUAAAACAUUUGAAAUGGUACAAAGUGUUGGUCAGUGAGGAAUUUUAAAAAAAAUUAUGUGACAUGGAUUCAUUUCAUGUUGAUUUGGAUACUUGUACAGAGAUCCUUUACACACAAUUCUGAUGUCGUUAUUAAGGAACUGUUGUUUUUUUUUUGUUUCGUUAAAUGUAAUUUCUGGAUUGUUUAUUCGGUGAUAAGUGUGCUACUAAUGUCACCAGUUCCUGUGCUCUCUAUCUCGAUUGGAUAUGCUUAAUCUCAUUGGUAAGGUGGCAUGAUUAUAAUUUGAAAACGUUAUGAACUGCAUAAAACAAACUGUUAAAAAUACAGUGACAUAACCCAAGUUGAUGCUAGUUUGUUUUCACAACACACUGAGGUAUGGUAAUUCUAAAUUUACAGUGGUUUGUUAUUUUGUAUAUAAAUACCUAUGUCAGUUGAAUGACUAUUUUAUAAACAACACCAUAAGUUAAAAGAGAAGAGAUAAAAAACUUUAAUUUGAAACUUACCUCCAAAACUUAAAAAUUAACAUAAUCUGCCUGUAGUUAACAUCAAUGCCUCAGUUUUUACCCCAUUACCAGCUACAUUAACAAGCUGUUGCUGUGGUUUCUAUUUUAUCCUGCGAUAAUGGAUUGUUGGAUUUUAUAGUUUGACCACAUAUUUGUUACUAAGAUUGUGAUACGCUAUUAAACCCUCUAUUGCCGUAAAACUUUUAUCAUCAUAUUGAUAAAACUACAACAUUCUUAAAGUGGAAUAUUUGAGAAAUUAAAACUAAAAUAUAUACAUUUUUAUCCCUUAUAUCAGCUUGUAGAUGGUUUUUAUUUUGGCUGUGUAUUGAAUUUAUCUUUUCUUUUUAAAAUCAAUUUUGUUUUGUAAUCAAAUUUUUUUUACAGCAAAGAAAAUGCCAGAAUUUUUAUUUCAUAAUUUUUCAAUCAAUUUAAGCUUUUCUCUCUCCAUUACUUGAGCUUAUUUCUUUUUGUUCUUUUUUAUUGCAAAUCUAUAAUUUACAAUAGGUACUGAUCAUUUUAGAAAAAGUAUAGUUAAGUAAGUUUUUAUGCCUGGCAUAUGGACUUCAACUGUAUAUUAUUUGCAAUUGCAUGCUAAGAACACUUAAUUAGUGACUCGGUUAAGUUCUUUGUUUUUUAAGUUUAGAUUUUAAAAUCCUACUUAAUGUAUAGUUAAAUUCAUAACCUUUUGCUGUGAAUUGGUUUAUUUCCACACUAAAUUAUGCUUAGAAAGCAAAUUUUUUUUCUAACCUAUAUUAUUGUAUAUAAUCCUUAUGUCCUUUGUUUGAACAGGAGAUACUAUUGUUCGUGAUGUACCCAAAUAAUUUUUUGUUCCUUUUUAUUUUAUUUUUAAAAAUCAGAUGUGAUUUAUUUUUGAAUGAGGUUACUUUUCAUUUUUAAAGAGACAAUAGUUUUAAAUUUUAUCAGUACAUUCAUUUUGUGCAUUUUGUAUUGGCUGUAAAUUUAGCUUUAUGUCAUUGAUAAUUAAAUCUUGUUUUGUGAUAUGGCAAGAGGCAGAAGGAUAUAAUGGAAUUUGUUGCUGUUGAAAUUAUAAUCAUUUGUAAUUAAUGUAAUGGUUGUUGCUCAUCUUCAUCUGUAAAAAAUAUUUUUUUUUCCACAUAUUCUAGUUCAGUCUUAAAAAAUAUGUGAUAACUGUUAAAAGAAUUAACAAAAAAUGUGUUUUUUUUUUCAUAAACACUUUACACAUUUCUGAGCUUUUUUUGGAAUUAGUUUACAGUUGAAGAAGAAAAGGAUUUGUAUUUGUCAUGUAUCAGAUAACAUAAUAAGGAUUAUCAAACUUCUACUUUUUAAUAAGAAUAUAUACCGGUACCGAUCAUUCAUUUUGAAUACAUUUCACUAAUGUAUGUGGAGAAAAAUGUCCCUGAUUUACUAACAGAGAUUUCUGUUUUGUCGUUUUUAAAACAAAAAUUUUCAGUGCAUACUAUAUUACUUGUAAAUAUCGUAGAUUAGCUCAAACUAUUCUAAUAGCUACUUACUUUUGUAUGAUUUGAAUUUUGCAAAGCAGCUUUUAUUAACACUUUUAAAUAAUAAAAUGAAUCUACUGCUAAAUAAAACAUUUUUUCUGAUUUAUGAACUGUUUUACAGUUGUGAAUAAAAAAAAGUUUAGUAACUACCAAUUCUAUUAUAUUUGUCAUCAUUUUUAAUUUUUUUUAACUUAACAGUUGAUAGUAUUUCAUGUUUAUUGGAGAACAUUUGUAAGCUAUCUGUUAAAGAUAGUUUUAAAAUGUAUGUCAAUAUUUUAAUUUUUGUUUCUAUAUAAGAACUCACAGUUCAUUCAAAGGGUGUAUCUCACUGCUUAUUUAUAAGAAAACUACAUAAGUAAGCUGAUGGCCAUAGUUUUAUCUUCAAACUGUAUGCUGCUUUAAUUGCAGUGGUUGAAUGUUCAUGUUUAAAGAUCACACACACACACAAAGGCAGUUAAAAUUUUUGCUCACAAAGCUUGAGCAAUUUUUUUUUCUUGCUUGCUGAUGUAGUAAAAAGAUAUGGGCAAUAUUGACCUGCUACUUCAAAUAUACCAUAUUCUUUAUAGGGUUUUAGUUUUAUAUAUUGCAAGUGAGCUUCCUUCUACCACAUUUUGUAUUGGUUUGCUUUUCUUAUAAUACGACUAUUUCAUCUCAUCAGUAGCUAUUGUUAAACUCUUUAGAAAAUAGACUCAAUAGUGACAUCUGCAGUUGUUAAAAUAAUGAUUCGAAUGUUAAAAAAAUAUUAUCAUGGUUCAUGAAAUAUGCAGCACUACUGCUCUGACUUAAUAUGGACAGACUUUUUAUAAUUGAUAACACCUUAGCUACAGUAGUUCUAUAUUAUCAAUAAUUAUUACUGAUUCAGAUUUAUAUCCUAAAAAGCAAUACUAACAACUCUAAUUUCUAAAUUAAAAAAAAAAAAAAACUGGUACAAGAAAAAUGUUUUAAAUUAUCUUGGGAUUCUACUUACAUUGAAAACAUUUGCUCUAAUUUCAGACUCUAAAAAAAGCAUUCAACUAGUGUUAAUUUUAAUAAAUUCUGAUGUAAAAAAUGUAACAUUUAUUUUGAACUGCAAUAAAGCUGCAAUGAUUUUUUAUCAAGCUGUAUCAAGUUGAGGUUAUAAAUGACUGGUACAUGUUUCAGCAUUAUACAACUGGUAUUUUUGUCACCUUGUUAAAAAUCUCUUAGCAAAAGGUAUUGCUGUGUAAUGGUAUGAAUCAGCUAAGUCUUUUACUAAAACUGUUUAUAUUAUUUUUAACCACUUAAAUAAUUUUGUCAGACUACUAAAAACACAGCAAACAUUCUGUGGUGUACUGGUAUGAGAUGGCAGUGAUUGGUUGUUCUCAUCAUUGUUUCAGUCAUUUUAAAGCUUUUAAACACUUUUAAUACCAUCUUAACUUAUUAAACUUUCUUCUGUUUUGCAUGAAAUAGUUUGAGGUUUGCCAGGAGAAUGAAUAAAAAAAAUUUUUUGUAAAUGUGAAUUGAAAACUGAAAGAUAAACUUAAAAAAACAAUGUACACACAUACACGCUGCUUUGUUCAUGGCUAACCAUUCUUUGUGACAAAAAUGGCAUCAUUAAAAUCAGUUAUUCUUAACGUAAGCUGGCUAGAAACUGCACCACUGUUCAAGUUAUUUCUUCCUUUCAUGUCUCCUCCCCACUCAUUUACUUAAACAGAAAAUUUCCCAAAGUGCUUUUUUAAUUUCUCCAUAUUAUGAAUCUUUCAAGUAAUUUAUUUUCUUGUUCUCAAAAACCUUUUAAAGAAAAAAAAACUAGAAAGGAAAUGUUGGCAAGGUUUUGUUGCUACCUCAUGUUCAUGUACUAUUUGUUAUAGUGCCUUUUUCCACAUUUGAUAACUCGUUUUGAGAUGCAUUUUCUGUCUCUCACCAUUUGAGCUCCUUGGGUUACUUGUGCAAUUAGUUGCAUGCCUUUUGACAAAUCCACACUGUCCCAAAACAAUGCACUAACUACAGAACCAGGCAACAGACUUUGCUAAACAUGUUUACAGAAACUCAGCUUCUCUUUACAUGUCUUGUCUCCUUCACUUGUUUCAUUGCUGAGUAGGAGAUCAAUAAUGUUGGACUGGUUAGUUGGUUGAGAAUUAAUUAAAAGUUAGUACUCAAGUGAUACAUCUGUAUUUAAUUUGCAACAGGCUGUUGGUCAGUUGUAAUGCAUCUGGGGCUGUUUGUUCCAGCCCACUUACAGUUGACCUUGGUCUCCAAAAACCUUCUGCUGUUUAAAGGACUUGGACAUUCAAUUGUUAAGCUCAUCUCAAAAGAAACAAGAUUAUAUUUCUGCCUGAUUUCAAUUUAUUGUUUAUUUUGGAAAGUAUCUAAAGCAUUUUUCAAAUAAAGCAAUAACUGGAGAAAUGAUUCAAAUCUUUAUAAUUCUUUUAUUAAAAAAACAAGGAUUUAAUUUAUUUUCAUCUAUUGAUAAAUUUUAACAAGAAACAUUAACUCAUUCAAAUAACCAUUUUUGUUUCUAGCUCUUGGUAUAAUCAUGACCAUCUUCACCCCAUAUCUUUUUUACCAUUUCUCAAUUUUGUAGACUCAAAUUCUUUACUACAUCUAAUGUUUCAUAUGUUCAAAUUUGUUGGCAACAAAAACUAAACCUCAAUUCAUUUUUUUCUUCGGAUACCUAUUCAUUGCACCAAAACCUGGGUAUAUUGAAAAGAAAUAUUUUCAACUGUUACAAUGUGGUUUCCACACCAUGAAUGUUUGUGUUUCAAUCCAAACUGUCUGUGACCUUUCUAAGUGCUAAAAAUAUAUGUAUUGCAUACAUUAAAGUUAUUUUUUAAUGUUGUCAAAAUGCUCCAUAUAAAAUUGUGCUCCUUUUGCAUAUUAUUCUUGUGGGGUUUUCUUUUUGUAAACAAAUUUUGUAUAUAAUAUAUAUAUAUUCAGAAAAUUUUUAUUUGAAGUGUUUUCAAUUGUUAAAGUGCAGGUUAUUUUGUUUCAACAUAAAAGAUUACAUUUUGUUCCUCUUGUUUUAUAAUAUGAAUAGUUAACAGUUUACCAUUUAAAUUUUUCAUCUAUAUUUAAAAGCAUCAUUUAGAGAAGGGUUGUUUUUUUUCUUGUGUUUGUAUAAAAAAAACCUCAUCUUUUCUGCUCAUAAUGAUUAUACUCUUAAUAUUUAUUCUGUGAAUAAUGUCUUGGUUUGUAACUUCAACAUCUGCUGGUAUCCACCUCACAGGAAUAGUUUGCCUUUUUGUUUUUUUAAUCAAUCAUUUUGUCAAUGGAAUUAAGUGAAUGAUACCAUACAAAUUCAUCAUAUCAUAAUAAUUUAAAUAUUGUCAGUGUAUAAGUUAAAAGAAAACUUGAUGGCCAUAAUACCCAGUGGUGAUCAGCCUCAGUUAUUUUAAAACACUUGUAUUGGUUUGGUCUCCUGCCUCUAUGUACAGCUGUUUAGAAAAUUAAAGUGAAAGUACCAUAAAAGUA